GCGGAGGAAAUCUUCCACCAAGCGCUCGGACUGUGGCUGCCGGACGUUCGCCGCUCCGUUGUGGCUGAUGCGGAAUGAUACGAGCUGCAGCCGGGCGCACCAGGUCGUGACGGUUCCUCAGUUUGCGGUGCCUGAAUCUUACCGGGCUGCAUUCGCGAGGAUGCAUCAGACGACUGCGCAGGGAUGCCUCCGCUGAACGUGGACAAACAGGGCGUCUGAUACAAUGAUGAAGGCUUCUUCCUUUUUGUUUUGAACACGGGCCACCCAGAGAAUCACUGCAACGCUCGCCAUGGCCAACUUAAACGCUCCUCUCAGCCGUCCUUCCUAUGAAGACCAUUACGCAGUGCAGUGAAAACGGGAUAACGCGUUGUGGAUUUUGAAUCGCUGGUGACUGUAUUAGCUAAUCAGCUGGUGUUCAACUGUUCCUCCUAUAGGCUGCAGACAUUCUCCAGAGCGUCUUGGUGGACAGUCUGUGUGAGGAGCGUUGCCUAACGGUGAGACCCACUCUCCGAGGGUACAGAUGAGAGGCAAACAAUACCAACCACUGAAGUUGACAGCGCCCUGGGAGAAGGAUGCUGGCUUUGGCAGGAAGCUUAAAACGUACAGGAAUCAUACCAAGAUAAUAGCACAGCCUGGGAUCGUGAUGAAAGUCCUCCGUAGAAAGAAGAUUGUCCUGUUCAUGGCCUAUUUCUUAUUGCUGGUCCUCACCAUGCUCAACUUGGCUAAUUAUAAAUGGACUAAAGAGCCACAGCAGUGUAAUCACCAGAUGAGGAGCACCACUUAUCAGAGCAGAUCUGACAUUCGCUACUUGUACCGGCCCUCUCUGGCUAAAAAGAGGCAGCUCAUCUAUGUUCUGACCACCUGGAGGUCAGGUUCGUCCUUCGUCGGGGAGCUUUUUAACCAAAAUCCUGACGUGUUCUUCUUGUAUGAGCCAAUGUGGCACAUCUGGCAGAAACUGUACCCGGGUGAUGCAGUGUCUUUACAAGGAGCAGCCAGGGACAUGCUUAGCUCCUUGUACCGCUGCGACAUGUCCGUUUUCCAACUUUACAGAACCCCCGGGGGCAAGAAUUUUACCUCCCUGGGAGUGUUUGGGGCCACCCUCAAUAAAGUGGUGUGUUCCUAUCCCCUCUGCUCAGCCUACAGGAAAGAGGUGGUGGGAAUGGUGGAUGAUAAGUUGUGUAGAAAGUGCCCCCCUCAAAGCCUUAGACUGGUGGAGGAGCAGUGCCUGAAAUAUAGCGCCCUAGUCAUUAAAGGGGUGCGCAUUUUGGACGUUAACGUGUUGGCCCCGCUCAUGGAGGAUCCAUCCUUGGAUUUGAAGGUGAUACACCUGGUCAGAGACCCACGGGCAGUGGCCAACUCCAGGAUCAGAUCGAGACACGGCCUGAUCAGGGAGAAUUUACAGGUGGUGCGCAGCAGGGACCCCAAACUUCGCCGGAUACCUUUUGCCGAUGUUAGUCACAAAACCAACAAGAAGGAUGGCUCAGACUACCACUCUAUAGCAGCCAUGGAGGUGAUCUGUGACGGCGCAUCCAGGAGUUUGAGGACUGCCUUAAACCCACCCAAAUGGCUGAAGGGGAAGUACAUGGUCGUGCGGUACGAGGACCUGGUCGAGAACCCGGUUAAGAUCUUGCGGAACAUCUACCACUUUGCCAACCUCACCAGCAGCCACGACUUGGAGUCAUUUGUGCUGAACAUGACCAACGGCUCCAGCUCCUCCUUUAAGCCGUUCCAGGUCUCGUCCAGGAAUGCCACAUUAGCUGCUAGCGCAUGGAGAACAGUGCUCAGCAUUCAACAGAUCAAACAAGUGGAGGACUACUGCCACCACGUCAUGUCUGUUCUAGGGUACGAAAGAGUCAGAACAGCCGGGGAAGUCAAGGACUUGAGCAAAUCACUACUGACACACUCCAAACUGUGAAAACCACCAAAGACCUUUUAAUUUAAUACUCAUUUUGCAUCGAGUGCCGUUUCCUCUUAUUGUGGGAUUAAAGCUUUACUUUAAAUUAGUGUGCGAGGGGCUCCACUGGCCACAUUUGGAAUGUAUCAUGUUUCCCUCAGUUGAACAGCAGUGGUAUUUGAAGGGACCACUCCUUUUAUACUGGAAUACUGGAUGUGCUUGACAAAGCAAGGCCUACGAACAAUGAGUUAAUUAGGGAAGCUGCAACAAUGAGAAAAACAACAACCACUGUAUAAUUCAUGUAUCUUGGUAUGAUGACACUUCAAAGUGGAUGUUUUGGGGUUUGAAUGUUCAAAAUCUUUCGGGAAAUCAGUUUUUUUUUUUCAGUCUCCAUACUGUCUGUAAGAGUGAAAAUAGUGGAUGAAAGAAAAACAAAAACAAAAAAAACGAAGAACAGCUGAUUUAAAAAAAAAGAUUAUUGCUAAUGUUUAUUUGUAAGAUCUGGUGGAAGUCAGAGACAAUCAAUAAAUUGGUUUGUUGAUGUGCCAUAGGUAGAGGUGUGGUGAGUAGGCUACAGCCGAAGUAGCAGUAGAGCUAUUUCAAAUUUAAAAAAAAAAAAAGAAGGAUGUUUUGAUUUUUGUCUCCAAAUCCUCGUAGGAUGAAAUCAUGCACUGUGGACAAUGUCAUGGCUGUGGGGCUGGGAAGUGUCUCUCGGUGUUGGUGUAGGCAGUCUGCUCUACCAUUUUCAAUGUUUACAAUUGCUUGCUCUUGUAAAAAAACAAACAAACAAACACAUGAUCUGGGAAUAUUGCAUUGAGUAAAGUUCACAGUUAACAAGA